AUGGAUACUUCUCCUCUUCCACCAACUGUACUAGUCGCCGGCGCCGCAGGAUUUCUGGGUUCCAACAUGGUCCACUUCCUUCUGGAUAAAGGAUUCAAUGUCAUUGGACUUGACAGUUACCAGUCAGGAAGUGCAGCAAACCUGAACGACGUCCAGGAGCAUCCGAGAUUUGCUAUGAUACGGCAUUUUCCUCUCCCUGAGCUGCCGGCAAUCCACCAGAUCUAUCACCUGGCUUGCACUGCCAGCCCUGUUCAGUACCAGAAGCAUCCUGUAGACACCAUUAACACUGCCUAUCUGGGAACAAGGAAUUUGCUUGACCUAGCACGACAACAUAGCGCUCGAAUUCUGCUAUCGAGUACAUCUGAAGUCUAUGGCGAACCACAAGUACAUCCUCAGCCCGAAACAUACUGGGGAAACGUCAAUCCAUUUGGCCCUCGAUCAUGCUAUGACGAAGGGAAACGCGCUGCUGAAGCUCUAGCUUAUUCCUACGUUCAGGAGUAUAGUGUCGAUGUCAGGCUUGCACGCAUUUUCAACGCAUACGGGCCCUUGAUGCACCCAGGAGAUGGCCGCGUCGUGUCAAACUUCGUGACUGCCACAAUCUCUGGCCAGCCUAUCAUCAUCACUGGUGACGGCACAGCUACCCGCUCCUUCCUAUACGUGGAUGACUGCAUACAAGGGCUGUACACGCUUAUGCACAGUAACCAUACCGGCCCGAUAAACAUCGGGAGCGAUAGGGAAACCGCGAUAGAGGAUCUUGCUAACCUGGUGCGGGCGUUGGCUCAUAGGCUAACUAGCCACCAAUCGCCUAAUAUCAUCAAACUUCCGCGACCAGAAGAUGAUCCAACCAGGAGGCAGCCAGAGAUUAGUUUGGCACGCCGGCUCUUGGGCUGGAAGCCAGUGGUAAGUCUGGAAGAGGGUCUGUUGAAAACUAUCCAGUGGCAUAUUGAUUUGGGGCGCUCAGGCCGGAUCGAGGGAUAUUCGAAAGUGAAUGGGCGCCUUUAGGCGUUUGACUAGCUCGGAAAC